AUGGCAACGGCAGAGUACUCCGUCCUUCUCCUCGGCCUGGACAAUGCCGGCAAGACGACUCUCCUGUCUCAGAUCAAAGCCCUCUAUCAACCCCGGCCAGAGGGCGCCCCCGCACCCAACCCAGGCAAGACGGUCCCCACCGUCGGCCAGAAUGUUGCGACCAUCUCCUUAUCAGACAUGAACUUGAAGAUCUGGGACGUGGGCGGACAGAUCUCGAUGCGCGGUCUUUGGCAAAGCUACUAUGCGAGCUGCCAUGCGAUUAUCUUCGUCGUGGACAGUGCCGACGUCGGCCAAGAUGCAGAUAUUACCCGGCUUCCCUCCGCACCCGGCCGCCGCCCCAGCUCCAUCACGGUUCCCACCCAUGGGAGUGUUGGCGCAAGCGAUCACUUCACAGAACAGACGGUGGGGAUCAAUGCGAUGGGGAGUGAUUUCGGGCGCCUCGACGAGUGCAGGCAAGUCCUGGAAUCGGUGCUGCAGAAUGCCGACGUGGCAGGGGUUCCCAUCCUAGUGUUGGCGAACAAGCAGGAUCGUGAAGAUUGCGUCGAAGUGGUUCGCAUCAAGGAGGGGUUUGUGCGGAAGGUGUUCGAGGGAGAAACGGGAAGCGGCGUCCGUGAUAGCCGCGUGCUGCCGGUCAGCGCGCUGCUCGGGUCUGGUGUGCAGGCAGCCGUCGAGUGGGUGCAGAGUCGUGUGAGAUGGAACAAGGAAGGUCGCCCACCAGUGAUGCGGUGA